AUGUUUCAAAGGCUGGGAGCCAUUGCCCGCAAGGCCCAGGAGGCACAGGCAGCCAUCAGUGCGAUGGAGAAUAAGGAUGUCCCCAAGGCCAGUAAGAACAAGAUCAAUGGCGAGUCGAUGAAGUACCAUGUGGAAGCUGAGUACGAUGAUCUUGCCGACCAUGAUAUUGACGACUUGCUCGACUUCAUUGAGGUGAAGCUGGAGAGUCUUUACCUCCAGGACAAAGAGGAGCAGCAGCACACAAAGAACACCGACCUGGAGGCAAAGUUGCAGAGCUUUAACCUCCAGGAUAAGGAGAAGCAGCACAAUGCCUCUCAGCUCGAGGCAAAGUUGAAGAUUCUCAACCUCCAGGACAAGGAGGCGCACACUGCUCCUCAGCUGGAACUGGAGAACACCAGCCUGAAGACAGAGGAUAGCGUCGUCCCCAAGAAGAAUAAGAACAAGAACAAGAAGAAGAACAAGAAGCAGAAGAAGGUCGACGCUUGCAAAGCAAAGAAGGAGGGCGCUCAGGAGACCAAGAACGAGGGCGACAACCUCAAGGUCAAGGAGGAGAGCACUGUUGGCGAGAUUAAAGCCAAGGGUCCCGAGGCGAAGGAGGACGCCCACAAGAUCAAGACCAACAUCGCCUCAAAGUCCCAGGACGACGACGGCGGCGGUGUCCUUGCCAAGACGGAGGAGAGAUCCGCUUCCCGGACCAAGGCGGAGAAGAAAGCCGAGGACAAGGCCAACUUCUUCAAGCAGUGGGACGAGUACUUUGGCAAGAGAGAGCUCGCCGACUGGCAGCGCCUCUGCCGCGACCUCGGCCUCCCCGACGACUUGCCCAGCAGAACCCAAUGCUGCAAGGCCAUGAGCAAGGUCCACGUCAACAUCAGACAGUUUCUCAGCGUCACGGACCGCCCCGCCGAGGUCAAGGUCUUCAAGAGCGUGCACCAGCUGGCUUACUACACCCGCAAGAACGGCCUGUGGAUGCCCAAGAAGGACUUCCCCAAGGGAGACCCCCUCGGCAAGCUCCGUCGGGAGAUCAACAGGUGCCUCUACUAAGUU